GUUAUUGGGAACAUCAUGCGUUUGUGUCUAUUUUAUUUGAUUACGUUCUUCCUGUUCCUGGGCGUACAGGCAGACAAAGGUGCCAACAAAAGGACUGGCGAAAAAGGAGGCGAUAAAGGAGGCGAAAAAGGAGGCGGAUCAGGGAAGUUUAGCUCCAACUUGGCCGAUGCUGACAGCGACAAAAUGGCUAAAGAACGGAAAGAAGGAAUAGCGAAAUUGUGGAAAAGGUGGCACUACCAAAUGGAAAAGCACGGAUAUACUCUUCCUUUUAGUAAUGUCAAUAAAGAUAGUACUGCUGCUUCUGAGGCUGUUACUACUACUGCUCCUGCAUAAUAGUUAGAGAAGGUCCGAUCUGCAUGCUAUCUGUAGAACAAGAUCAUUUACUAUCCAAUAAAUGCAUUGAAAGCGCCUUUGAAUACAAUGGGAAGCAGAAA